AUGGCGGUUUAUAAAACAGCUUUUGCUCCAGUCCCUCAUAACUUAUACCAAGUAUUUGUGGAAACAGCACCAAGUUCGCCACCACUAUCUGGAACACCCUCAAAGGUAUCUCGUGAUUGGAAUGAUGAGUCGACGUCUUAUGUCAUUCUUAAAUACAGAAAAUGGCAACUCAAAGAAAGAAAAAACGUCCCAUUAAAAAUGUUUCACACAAAGUGUUCAGAAGAUUUGUUUUCUGAUUUACACGUGAAGAAGACACCAACACAAGUCAGAGAUAAAAUUAAUAACACAAGGUCUGCUUAUCAUACUAUAACAAAGCAAAUCAAACAAAAGGUUUUUGAAGGAACACAAUCAUCGUUAUCAGACUACGUUUAUACCCUCAUGAGAAAUCUAUUCAACUCGGCUAAUUAUUCGUCGGUCGAUCUCAUUGAACACCAAAUCAAACAACUCACAAACCACAUCCUCCCCAAGCAAUUUAUAUAA